CUCAUAUAUCUUUCUUCAAUUAUCGACAGGAAAAAGGUAGAGAAAUGUACAUCUCCGCAAAAAAGAUUAUACCAACCCGACGCAUGGACUACGACGACGCCCUUUGGGACCAAAGCGACCAGGUUUUCGAACCCUGGAAGAACAAGAUCUUCGAACACGAAACUCUCCGCGAAAUAGGAAACUUCAUCGACAAGCACAGAGGAGGUCUCCCCGACGAGCUUUUUUCGCCAGAACGGGGCGCCUUUAAUCUUAUAUUCAAAAUGCGCUUCAAAGAUGGUGGCUCAGCUGUGAUCCGGUUCCCGUGCCCUGGCGCUUCGAUGUUUCCAGAGGAGAAGGUGCAGCGUGAAGUUGCGGUUAUGCAGUUUUUUGGAAUUUUAUACCAGUUUGCGUAUACCACAUGUAUUGCACUAUGGAGAUGAGGAGGAGAGUCCAUAUGGUUUAGGGCCAUUUAUUAUCAUGGAGCAUAUCGGCAAUGAGGGAAAUUUGACUGGUUCUCUUAAUAUACCCGGCCGCUCAAGUCAGGAGAGGCCGAUUCUGGAUCCGUACAUCUCGCAGGGUUUACUCGAAUGUGUUUAUGGUUACAUGGCCGAUAUCAUGCUUCAAGUUUCGAGGCAUUCUUUUACCGAGAUUGGGUGUAUUGCAAAGGCGAAUGAAGACGACGAGUUUGACGAUACAUGGGUGGUAAAGCACCGUCCGCUGACGUUUAACCUGAAUGAGCUCGUCAAGUUGGGCGGAGUAACGCCAGAACAGCUUCCCAGGGGAUCAUUCAAAACAGCCUCAUCAUACUACCAAGCAUUAGCCGAAAUGCACAUGAUUCAUCUGGCAUCUCAGCGCAACGACGGCAUUGAGUCUCCAGAAGACUGUCGACAGAAGUAUAUCGCAAGAUGUCUCUUCCGCAAAAUCACCCGUGAAUAUCUUCUUUGCAGAAAUGACGAUGGCCCAUUUAAGCUUUUCUGUGAUGACCUCCGACCAGGCAAUGUCCUCGCAGGUGUUAAUCAUCAGAUGACUGGUGUCAUUGAUUGGGAAUUCACAUACGCGGCUCCGGUUGCAUUUGCGCACAGCCCUCCAUUCUGGCUCUUGCUUGAAUUGCCAGAGUUCUGGGACGGUGGUCUAGACGAUUGGACUCAGAAGUACGAGAAGGUUCUUCCCACAUUCCUGAAAGUUAUUCAAGAAAGAGAACAAACUGCCAUUGACCGGGGUGUCUUGAAAGAAACCGACCGACUAUCUGAACAUAUGUUAGAAAGUUGGGAGAGCGGUAAUUUUUGGGUGAGUUAUGCUGCGAGAAAAAGUUGGGCGUUUGAUAUGGUAUACUGGGCGAAGAUUGACAGGAGGUUUUUUGGGGAUGGUAACCUGGAGGAUAGGGUGAAGCUUUUGACGCCGGAGGAAAUGGAGGAAAUGGAGGAAAUGGAGGGGCUUGUUCGUAUGAAGAUGCAGGCUAAAGAAAAAGGCAACUAGGCUAACUGGGGUGAUGUGAAAAAUGCAUUGCUAGUCUAGUGAGGACAAUAUAGAGGCUAGUGACAGCGAAAAUUAGGUUGCUCUUGUGGGUGGGUGUCUAAGCGGUGCCAUGAUACUGUUAAAGAUAGGAGAAGCGUAUUGCUAAGUGGGAGUUUUUAUCAUGUUCCGGCUGUUCUAGGGUAUAAAGUCAUCAAUUACACAUAGUUAGAUGCUUCUCUAAUUAGUCAACCUCAUAUCCCACCCUA